AUGCAAUGGAUAAAUUUCUGCACGAGCCAACGACUUGAUUACGACUCGGCCACGUGUUCUGGACCAGAUGAAAUCAAAGCUCAAACAACAGUUCUGCAGCAAUUUGUAAAAAUUCAAGCUACUAAAAUGGAAAUGCUUGAGAAAGAACUAAAGUCAAUUAAGGAAACACUGUUCAAGCUUGAUAAUGCUUAUAAAACAGAAAUGCUUGAGGUAGAACUUAACUCAACCAAGGAAACGCUGUCCAAACUUGAAAAUGUUAAUAAAACAGAAAUGCUUGAGAAAGAACUAAACUCAAUCAAGGAAACGCUGUUCAAGCUUGAUAACGUUAAUAAAACAGAAAUGCUUGAGAAAGAACUAAACUCAAUCAAGAAAACACUGUUCAAGCUUAAUAAUGCUAAUAAAACAGAAAUGCUUGAGGUAGAACUAAACUCAAUCAAGGAAACGCUGUUCAAGCUUGAUAAUGCUAAUAAAACAGAAAUGCUUGAGGUAGAACUAAACUCAAUCAAGGAAACGCUGUUGAACCUUGAUAACGUUAAUAAAACAGAAAUGCUUGAGAAAGAACUAAACUCAAUCAAGACAACGCUGUUCAAGCUUGAUAAUGCUAAUAAAACAGAAAUGCUUGAGAAAGAACUAAACUCAAUCAAGGAAACAAUGCCCAAGCUUGAUAAUGCUAAUAAAACAGAAAUGCUUGAGGUAGAACUAAACUCUGUCAAGGAAACACUGUCCAAACUUGAUAAUGCUAAUAAAACAGAAAUGCUUGAGAAAGAACUAAACUCAAUUAAAGAAACACUGUCCAAGCUUGAUAAUGCUUAUAAAACAGAAAUGCUUGAGGUAGAACUAAACUCAAUCAAGGAAACGCUGUCCAAACUUGAUAACGCUAAUAAAACAGAAAUGCUUGAGGUAGAACUAGACUCAAUCAAGAAAACACUGUCCAAGCUUGAUAACGCCAAUAAAACAGAAAUGCUUGAGAAAGAACUAAUCUUAGUCAAGGAAACGCUGUCCAAACUUGAUAAUGCUAAUAAAACAGAAAUGCUUGAGAAAGAACUAAAGUCAGUCAAGGAAACGCUGUCCAAGCUUGAAAAUGCUAAUAAAACAGAAAUGCUUGAGAAAGAAAUAAACUCAAUCAAGGAAACGCUGUCCAAACUUGAUAAUGCUAAUAAAACAGAAAUGCUUGAGAAAGAACUAAUCUUAGUCAAGGAAAUGCUGUCCAAACUUGAUAAUGCAAAUAAAACAGAAAUGCUUGAGAAAGAACUAAACUCAGUCAUGGAAAGGCUAUCCAAGCUUGAUAAUGCUAAUAAAUCAGAAAUGCUUGAGAAAGAACUAAACUCAGUCAAGGAAACGCUGUCCAAACUUGAUAAUGCUAAUAAAACAGAAAUGCUUGAUAAGGAAUUAAACGCAAUCAAGGAAGCACUAUCCAAACUCGAUCAAACUGUUAAAUCGGAACUGCAUGAGAAAGAAUGUAACUCAUCAAAGGAAGCACAUUUUAUGUGUGGUCCUUCCACAGAAUCAACUUCGUUGGUUGAAGAUGGAAAAACCAUCAGACGAUUGACAAAUUUGGCUUAUCCAACUGCACCAGGUGAAGUUCUUGACAAAAUGACAAAGGAUCAAAUCAUCGAUGCGUUGAUUGAUUCUGAUAUCCGCAUAAAAAUCAAGCAGUCGCGCCCUGCAAAUUUGAAUGAAGCAAUUAGCCUUGCUCUGAAACUGGAGGCAUAUAAGAGAAUAGAGAAGAGAGGCAGAGAACUCAAAGGUCAUCUCAGAGCAGAUUUUGUUGAAAAACAACCUGACACUUCUGACAAAUGUAAUAAUGGCAAAGUUGCACAUUGGAUGAAAUCUGUUGAGGUGAACAUGAUAAGCAUAACUAAAGAACUCAGGGAACUAAAGAUCUCAUACAAAAAAGAACUUACGUCAACAAGUACAGAGAUACAGAGGCAAGUAGAAGAAAGCAGGAAAUAA